AUGACAAUUACCAAAGCGACAAUGAAUGACCUUUACAGUUCCCCUUACCUUGUCGACUACUACGACCUGGUCGCUCCAAAUUCAGAUUCCAUCGACGAUGCUUCAUUUUACUGGAAAGUUUAUCAAGAACUCCGAUCUCCCCUGCUCAAACCCCCCAGAGAGCCGUUCAUAAUCAUGGAUCUCGGCACUGGCACCGGCCGCGUUAUCCAAGGACUUUCAAACAGUGCGGCUAUGAUCGGGGAUAACUUCUUCAACACCAAAGUACUGGGGGUGGACAAUGCGCAGCACAUGUUGGAUAAGGCUGCCCAGAAUAUCGAUCCUCUCUUCAAAGAGCAUGUUUCCUGGAUGUUGGGGUCUGCACUUGAUCUAGAGAGCGUGAUGGCUCAAAGUGGAUAUGACAAGGUUGAUCUGUUGAUAUUCUCUAUUGGAUCCAUCAGCCAUUUGUCUGAGAAGGGUCAGCCAGAGAAAUUCUUGGAGCAAGUCUCAAAGGUGCUUGCUCCUGGUACUGGACGCGCCUACAUUUCCAUUUACGAUGGCUCGCUCCUUCAAAAGAGUGAGCAAAUCGCCUUCCAUCAACCGAAGGGAGUCACGGAAAUCAAGAGUCACAUAUUUCCGAACAUAAUGUAUCGGGAAUUCAACCAUCGGGGGGACAUUCAAGACAGGGUCAAAGAUGUGAAAUUCGAGCUACAGGUGGUAGAACAGACGGAGCUAGGAGAUCAGGUCCUGGAGACAAACAACAUUUCCAUGAAAAUGAGGCAGUGGGAUGAAGAUGAGCUGGUUCCGAUGUCCUCUGAGGCUGGUCUCAAUUUUGUCGAGAAGGCCAGGGGGAAGCAUGAGACAUUCUAUGUAUUUUCAACUUCGGCGUAG